AUGGGUGAAACAGAGCAGAGGCCAACAGCAGGAUCCCGGUUAGGAGCUCAGGAAAAUGCUGGGAUCAGCACCUUGGAGCAUGGACAGAAACCACCUAUGACACCUCCAGGAAAACUCGUCUCCAUCAAAAUUCAGAUGCUGGAUGACACGCAAGAAAUUUUUGAUGUUCCGCAAAGAGCUCCAGGGAAAGUUUUGCAUGAUGCUGUUUGCAACCACCUGAACCUUGUUGAAGGCGACUAUUUUGGCCUUGAAUUUCCAGAUCAUAAAAAGAUGAUGGUGUGGCUUGAUCUUUUGAAGCCUGUUAUGAAACAGAUUAGAAGACCGAAGCACGUUGUUGUAAAAUUUGUGGUAAAAUUCUUCCCACCUGACCAUGCUCAGCUGCAGGAGGAACUGACAAGGUACCUAUUUGCAUUGCAAGUGAAGCAGGACCUGGCACAGGGAAGGCUAACGUGUAAUGAUACCAGCACUGCCCUCUUAAUCUCGCACAUAGUACAGUCUGAGAUUGGGGAUUUUGAUGAAACCAUAGAUCGUGAACACUUAGCGAAGAACAAGUAUAUACCUCAGCAAGAAGCACUAGAAGACAAAAUCAUGGAAUUUCACCGUAGCCACAUGGGACAGACACCAGCAGAGUCUGACUUCCAGCUUUUGGAGAUUGCCCGUCGGCUGGAGAUGUAUGGAAUACGCUUGCAUCCAGCCAAGGACAGGGAAGGGACAAAAAUCAACCUGGCUGUCGCCAACACAGGCAUUCUGGUGUUUCAGGGUCACACCAAGAUCAAUGCCUUCAACUGGGCUAAGGUUCGAAAGCUGAGCUUCAAGAGGAAACGUUUUCUGAUCAAGCUGCGGCCUGAUGUGAAUAGUUCAUUCCAGGACACCCUGGAAUUCCUUAUGGCCAGUCGAGAUUUUUGCAAGUCUUUCUGGAAGAUCUGUGUAGAGCAUCAUGCCUUUUUCAGGCUUUUUGAGGAACCUAAACCAAAGCCCAAACCUGUUCUUUUUUCUAGAGGUUCAUCAUUUAGGUUCAGUGGUCGGACUCAGAAGCAAGUUCUUGACUAUGUUAAAGAAGGAGGGCACAAAAAAGUGCAGUUUGAAAGGAAACACAGCAAGAUUCAUUCCAUCAGGAGUCUGACUGCACAGCCUUCAGAACAGCAUACAGAGGUGCCAAAACAAGUCAGUGAUAGCUCUAGCUUUGCCUAUGGAGACGACAAUGAUGCUGCAGCAGUGCCGAGCUGCCGGCAAGGAAAGGAAUUGAAAGCUUCAACAGAAGACACUGGACAGCACAAGAGCCCUUCCUUGAAGAAGAGUCCAAAGGAAGGCAGAAAGGUGGAUGGAGCAGUGGUGUCAACAGUGGAGGAAGAAGAGGAGGCUGCUAAGGACAGGAUGCAGCAGAACAGACCUCAGUCACAGCAACCAAGCACAGGUUCUCUGACUGGCAGCCCUCACCUUUCAGAGCUUUCCAUCAAUUCCCAAGGAGGACCGUCGGUGGCAAAUAUGUCUUUAUCUCCUAACUUGAGCCCUGAUGCCAAGCAGUCAUCUCCCUUGGUCAGCCCUUUGCUGAAUGACCCAUCGUGCGUCAGGACUGAUGAUGAGGAAGAGGUCAAAAGAAAGAGAUUCCCAACUGAGAAAGCUUACUUCAUCGCUAAAGAAGUAGCAACCACAGAACGAACAUACCUGAAGGACCUUGAAGUCAUCACAUCGUGGUUUCAGAAUGCAGUGAGUAAAGAGGAUUGCAUGCCCGAAACACUGAAAAAUCUCAUUUUCUCCAACUUCGAACCUUUGCACAAAUUUCACACUGGUUUUCUCAAGGAAAUUGAGCAGAGACUUGCUCUGUGGGAAGGCCGCUCUAAUGCUCACAUUAAAGGAGAUUACCAAAGAAUCGGAGACGUUAUGCUAAAGAACAUUCAGAGUAUGAAGCAACUGACAAUUCACCUGUGGAAGCACAAUGAGAUUUUAAUGGAGUUGGAGAACGGGAUCAAGAACUCUCGCAAGCUGGAGACCUUUUGCAGAGAUUUUGAGCUACAGAAAGUCUGCUACUUGCCUCUCAAUACCUUCCUUCUCAGACCUUUACACAGGCUGAUGCACUACAAGCAGAUAAUGGAGAGGCUUUGCAAACACUACCCACCAAGCCACAUAGACUUCAGGGAUUCAAGAGCUGCUUUGGCUGAGAUUUCUGAAAUGGUGGCUCAGCUCCAUGGCAAUAUGAUAAAGAUGGAGAACUUCCAGAAGCUGCAUGAACUCAAGAAAGACUUGAUAGGCAUAGACAAUCUGGUGAUCCCAGGAAGGGAGUUCAUUCGACUGGGUAGUCUUAGUAAGUUGUCUGGAAAAGGUUUACAGCAACGGAUGUUCUUUCUGUUCAACGAUAUCUUGUUGUACACAAGUAGAGGCCUGACAGCAUCGAAUCAGUUUAAAGUCCACGGGCAUCUUCCACUGUAUGGCAUGACAAUAGAAGAAAGUGAAGAGGAAUGGGGUGUUCCUCAUUGUCUAACACUACGAGGUCAACACCAGUCCAUCGUUGUUGCUGCAAGUACCCGCGCUGAAAUGGACAAAUGGACUGAGGACAUUCAGAUGGCAAUAGACCUGGCAGAGAAAAGCAGUGGCCCUGCCCCAGAGUUACUGGCUAGCAGCCCACCUGACAAUAAGUCUCCUGAUGAAACUACUGUAGACCAGGAAUCUGAGGACGACCUCAGUGCAUCCCGCACCUCACUCGAACGUCAGUCACCACACCGUGGCAACACUACGGUGCACGUCUGCUGGCACAGAAAUACCAGUGUUUCAAUGAUCGACUUUAGUAUUGCUGUGGAGAACCAGCUGUCUGGAAAUCUCCUAAGAAAAUUCAAAAACAGCAACGGGUGGCAGAAGCUUUGGGUGGUGUUCACCAACUUUUGUAUGUUCUUCUAUAAAUCGCACCAGGACAAUCAUCCUUUAGCCAGCCUUCCUUUAUUGGGAUAUUCCCUUACCAUUCCUUCCGAAUCUGAAAACAUUCACAAAGAUUAUGUGUUCAAGCUACAUUUCAAAUCCCACGUGUACUACUUCAGGGCUGAAAGUGAAUACACAUUUGAAAGAUGGAUGGAAGUGAUCCGAAGUGCCACCAGCUCUGCCUCACGCACUCGAGCUCUGAGUCAUAAAGAGCCUCACGCCUAUUGACGGCUAAACAAGCCGCCGUGUUGAUUGUCCAGCAGCUGCUGAUUUUCUAGAGGACAUUUGAAACUCUUUUCUCCCUCCAAGUUUAGUAAAACUUACUAUUUGGUAAAAGAAAAGAAAAAAAUAAGUAUGGUUUUGCAGACGCUUUCACAAUUCCUCAGCAAAACUGUUUAAGUUCUCCGUAUGUUCAAACUAGCUUACCAUCAUCCCAGUGGCUGCAGUUUGUUUCAUGUCUUGUAUUUUGUCAUUCUGUGCUGUUUUUAGCUUGUGCCAGUAUUAAAAUAUUGUCCUUAUUAGAGUGCCAAAUGCCAAAAGACAUUUUGUUGCCUCAAGGAUUGCACCUAAAAAAAAAAAAAAAUAUGACUUCACAAUCUGAAAACUUUCUCCUCUGAGGCAAACACUAUUUCUUCUCUUUUCAUAAAAAUAUAUUAUUUUUUUUUACCAUGUUAAUCUGUAGACUGCUGGAUUUUUAAAUGUAGAUGGACUUUCACAGUAUAGAAUAUAAUUAUAUAUACAGCAAGCAGUCUCACAGGAAUGAGAUAACUUUCAGAUUUCAUUUUUUUCCCCGGUCUUUCUACAUUUAAUCAGCAAGGAAUUACUAAUUUUCUGUCUUAAAGAAACAGUUUACAGCUCAUUCUCAUUUCCCUUUGGGGUUACAAAUCCAUGUGGUAUAAAUAAAGUAUAGGAUCCUUAUCUAACAAUUUUCUUGGUGCAAGUUGACCAAAUUGUUCAUCUGUUGGCUUUGAAAAGUGAAUACUACUUGCAAGAUGAAAAAAUUUUAAAAUAAUCCAGUGCAAUAUUAUUUGGGCUGUUAAUGUACUGUGAAUGGUAUGUACAAGAAGAAAUUAAAGGCUGUGGUGACA